AUGGGUACCGAUACAGCUAUCGUGGUGGAGAAUACUAAAACGGUUGCUGCCCUAUCAACGACACUCGAGUUCCAAGAUGUUUGUUACCACGUUCGUCAUAAGGAUGGUCAGGAUAAACAACUAUUGAGCCACGUAUCGGGGGCGUUCCGUUCCGGUCGUCUAGCUGGCAUACUAGGCCCAUCCGGGGCGGGAAAGUCUACGCUUCUAAACAUUCUCAGUGGAUUUAAGACGAACAAUGUGUCGGGUAACAUACUCCUCAACGGUACACCGAUUGAUAGGCGGAAAUAUCGUCGCGAGGUUUCGUACACACCGCAGGACGUGUGCCUGUUGGGCAACAUUACCGUCACUGAAAGCCUGGAGUUUGCGGCUGACUUGAAACUCUCAAGCGACAUCACGAUGGUGCAAAAAUCCAGCAUGGUAGUGGACGUGCUGAAGCUGCUCGGACUCUCCAAGUGCGCCAACAAUCCGGUUGCCAACAUAUCCGGUGGCGAAAAGAAGCGCCUAUCGAUCGGGUUGGAGUUGAUCUCGAACCCGAAGAUAAUGUUCUUCGACGAGCCAACGAGUGGGCUGGACAUAAUAGCCGCUAUGCAGGUGGUGGCACAUCUGAAAGAUCUGGCAGCGAGUGGUCGAUGUGUGAUCUGUGUCAUACAUCAGCCUAGUUCGAGCAUCUUGCAAAUGUUCGAUGAUCUGUACGUACUGUCCGAGGGUCACUGCUUGUAUCGGGGACCGCUCGAACAGCUGGUGGACACGUUUAAAGGCUGCGGGUUUGACUGUCCAAACUACUACAAUCGUGCUGAUUUUGCACUAGAAAUUGCGAGUCUCAAACAUGAAGGGAACUUGCUGCAGCUAAGGGAACGCGCCAAGCAGCAGGAGAUUGGUGUCUCAGAUGCGAAAGCGGUUCCGAACGAAGGAUCGAACUGCGAUGAGAAGGAUACGAUGUUAAAACCGGCCGUAGACGGUGACUCGCUUAACAGUGCGGGAGAUAGUUCGAGAUCUGCAACCGAUCGUCAGUAUCCAACCUCAGAAUGGGGACAGUUUGUGACCCUUACCCGGCGCACAAUGUUGUGCACGUUUCGUGAUCUGCAGCUGACCAAGAUGCGCUUGCUGGCACAUCUAUUCGUUGGAUUACUGAUCGCCGUUGUAUUCUACAAUGUUGGCAACGAUGGCUCCAAGGUGCUCAGUAAUGCAUCAUGUCUAUUCUUUUUCCUCAUAUUUGUGUUCUUUGCCAACUCGAUGCCAUUAGUAAUGACAUUUCCACUGGAAACAUCCGUAUUCGUCCGCGAAAGAAUGAACAACUGGUACUCACUCAAGGCCUAUUACUUCUCGAAGUUGGUAGCGGACUUUCCAUUUCUGAUACUAGGACCAUCGUUGUUUUUAGCCGGUGCCUACUACUUAACUUCCCAACCGAUGGAACUCGAACGCAUCGUCAUGCUGUGGACUAUUUGCAUCUUCACGAGCUGGGUCGCGCAGAUGACGGGACUGUUGGCUGGCAGUGUGUUACCACUGGAGCUGAGCGUCUUCUGUGUGCCGUGCUCCGUCAUUCCGAUGCUCAUCUUCUGCGGGUUCUUCGUGCGCUUCCGCGAAAUGUUCGAUUUUCUCAUUCCGUUCACGUACAUCGCUUACUUCCGGUACAGCUUCGAGGGAGCUAUGCAAGCGAUCUAUGGGUUCGAUCGGCCGAAUCUACCCUGCUCGGGCGACUUCUGUUACUUCAGCAAGGUGCCCAAGUUUCUGGAAAGCUUUGACAUGCUGGAAAACACGUUCGUGAUGGACGUUUGUGGGUUGCUGGUAUGGAUCUUUCUGCUGCACGUGGCGCUGUAUGCCAGUCUCGCCUGGAGAUUGAAGAGAACCCGAUGA